AAUAAAAUAGUUAUUUUUUUUUUAUUCUUUUUUUUUUGCUUUGAUAAUAGUGAAGAAACAGAUUUUGAGCAGCUAUUGGGCAGUUUUGAUGAAUUUACAGCACAGUCUUCCUCUACUCUUUUUAAAAAGGAAACACCAUCUGAGGCAACAGGGUCUUCUCUUUUAAAGACUCUACUAACGCAGAAUGUAAAUGCAAAACCUACAUCAAAAGUGGAGACCUUACCCACACCUUCCCUCACUAAAAAUAAUAGCGAGGGAAUAAAAAAAGAACAUAUGACAUCAGAACUACCUUUCAAAAGUUACGCAACAACUACAAGUACCUUUAGUGGCUCAACAUCGGGACCGGUGUAUGAUGAAAAUUACCCCCCUCCUCAACCAGAAAAAGACACAGUGAUUAAUGUAAAGGACUCCAUUCUAACUACACUUCGACAAAAAAAUGAUCAGAAGUUAAGAGCAUUGGAAAAAAGAUUAUUUAAACCAAACGUGGUUCAGGUAGUUGCGUCCAGGGAGUUCCAUGUCCGACAAAAGUUGCAGAGGAGGAUGGCUGAUGAUAUGGAACAGAGUGAGAUAAUAAUGAAUUAUCUGGCAGACAAGUAUGGUGAACCAGAGAAGAAACGUGUAAAAUUUUCAACUCUUCAAUAAGGAAAAACUAUUCAUGAAAACAGCGCGUUGGAAAAAUAGAUUUACCGAACGACAAAUCGUUUGAGAGUACUGGAGAAUGACGUACAUCACGUUUGCUGGUUAAAUAAUACAAUAAAUUUCGUAAAGAGCUUUGUAGUAUUUUGUUUGUUUUGUUUCUCUGUCUUUAAGAAUUUUGAAAGACUGAUAUGAAACCGCCUUAUAUCAAUCUGUACAGUAUUGUUGACACACAUUCGUGCGUAAAUCUCGUUGGACUGCGGGUAUUUAUCCACAUAUAGACAGGUUAUAGGGCUAUCUGAGUUGACGUUAGGUCUCAACAUGCAUUCCAUUUGAUCACUUUUCUGUUUCUCAUGCAAAACACUCACCACAAUACACAGAGAGGCUAUGAGUGUCUUUUAAAUAUAACAAUUUAAAGAUAGUAAAACAGAUACUUUAAUAGUAUGGUUUUCUCCAAGUCUCCUUUUGAUCUCGGAAGUCCUUACCUCGGUUAUAUAUGGAUGAGACUAAUAAUGACCUUAUACUGUCAUUGGUACCCUCAGACUGUUUUUACCUCGAACAGUUUGCCCUUGUUGUAUUGACCUUGACGAUUAGCCCUCAGACUGUUUUGACCUCAAACGGUUUUGACCUCAAAUGUUUGUGACCUUGUAUUAAGUACAUGACCUACUUAAUGACCUUGACUUUGACCUGACCUUGAACAUGCCCUGACCUGACCUUGUGGGGUCUGGCC